CCUCUCCCGCGCCCUUUCCCACGCCUCUGCAAGUCUCAGCGGCAUACCCGGCCCUCACACACACUCGCUCUCACACGCUCCCACACGCUCCCACACGCACACACGCAUACACACACACGCUACAGCCCGCUGCGCGCCGCCCACACACACCCACCACACCCCCUUCCUCGCUCUCCCUGCCCGCCAUCAGCUGGCGCGCGUCCGUCUUGUCUGUCAAGUGUCAGGCUCCCAGAUUCGGCCGGCCCGGGCGAGGCCCGCGGGAAAUGACAAGAUGGGAUAAAGAUAUCCUUUCCCCUGACACGAGGACAAAGAAACGGCCAGUCGCCCUUUCCCAGGCCUGCCCUGGUUUUAUCCCGACGUCCAGACAAAGUCUCGUCUGUUGCUCUCGUUUUUGCGUUUGUCUUUUUUUUUCUUGACGGUUUGAUCUUGUCUUCGAUGAUUUUACGCUCAGCCGUCCUCCUCGCCCUCUCACCAUCAUUCCUAAUCGAACCCUCCGCCGCUGGUCGCCGAUCUCUCUUUCUUUCUCGCAUUUCUCCCGCAGUGGCCGAUCUCUGGCCACAGGCAUGAGGUGAGACUGUCGGUAUUAUGACUGUCUUCAGAGGAGCCCUUGCAGAAGCCUACAACGCCUGGCUCGACUCUCUAUCAUCUUGUUAUGCGACCAUCAGUCCCUGUCUUAACCGCCGCAACAAGAACCCAUCCCGUCAACUCAUGGAGAAGGAUGAGUUCCUCGUCUAUCGCCACCAGCCGAGCAUCACCCCACCACCCACGUUUGGCCCCUCGACGGGCACAGCAGCAAGGGAUGAGGCGUUCCCGGAGCAGCGACCGGCUUCUACCCGCAGGGGCCAAGGCAGGAGGAGGCGGAGCUUCUCAGUGACCAAGAGGUUCUGGUCACAUGGGUCGUCGUCAUCGCGCAGACCCAAAAUAUCAGCCCCAUCCAACUUCCGCCACAUCCAUUCCGAGUCAUUCCAGCUCCCGCCGGCUGCCCCUGCCCGGCCGGGCCGCCGUCCCCGCUCGUUCCGUCCACUUGAGCUCAGCAUAUAUGUCGACGACAACCUGUCGCCCAUCCUCCCGCACCUCGUCUCGGGCCAAGGCAACGUCUCUCCCCCUGCGCCUGCUCACGUGCACAGCAGCAGCUUCGAUUCCAACGGAUCAACUCUGGGUCAUCAGAGGAGUCUUUCCUCCUUGUCAUUCCACCUUCAACGAAGGCCAGUACCUCAGCAGGCCGCCUCGUCCUCCACGCGGGACUCUGAGGACCCGGAGACUCCCCCGAGGAUACCUCCGAGAUCUCGUAGGCGGGCGGGCUCAUCGCUGGAGCAGGUUGAUAGAAUGGUUGAACGGGUCGCCAGCGCCAUGAUGGAGCGGGACAGAUUACAGGCCGAGAUCGAGUCCAUCGUGGAGCGGCAAAGCGUCUACAUGGGUAGCCGCCCGUCAACUGCCUAUGACAUGCAAGACCUCGAGCCCAUGCCUGAAAUACCCGCGCUGCCUGCUGCAGGGCGGCCAUCCUUUUUCGAGCGGCUCAGCAUCGAGCAACUCGGCACCGAGCGGCCUCGAACGGCUCCGCCCAAGACCUUUUCGCAGGGGUUUGGCAUCGAGAGUCCCAUCUACGAGGUGCCUGAUGUAUUCUAUGUUCCGCAGGUGCCGAUGCAGCCGCGCUACGUCAUCCCGCCGACCGAGACGAUGCCGGAGAGGCAGCUGGCGCCGCCACUUCCUCUCGUGCUGCGACCACCUCUCAGGAAGAAGAGGUCGUUCUCGCGGGUCUCGAACUGGCUCUUCCCCGCAGAUGGCCCGGCGCAGCACGAGCGCGGCAUGAGCUUCGACUCGGUGACCAACGCCCCCCUGCCGGUGACGGACAGGGAUGGCUUCUACACGUGCAUCGCGCCGGCCCGCCGCACGAGCUUCGAGACCAUCUCGACGUCGUGCUCGUGGGACACGCAGACGGAGGAGCGAACGCAACCGACGACCAUGUCCAUCACCGACAGCCCUUCGGCAAAGGAGACCCAGGUGUCGACGCCCACGGGGACACCCCGGCUGAACCGCAUGCCCACCUUUGGCCGGACCUACAGCUACGAGUCAAGGCAGCAGCACCGACCGCAGAGCGUGGGCGUUGCCUUUUGAUCGGCAUGCCGCCAUGAAAGCACAACAAUAACAAAAAAAAAAAAAAAGAAAGAAAAAAAACUUUAUACUACAACUCAUGUUCUUCACAUCCGCCUCAUACAUGCAUCGGGCAAGCCCAUGCAAGGCGCGGUAAUGUCGUGGUGUGCCUCGAUUCCCCAUCCUUCUCGCAGGGGAACGAUGAAGCAGGCGCCCUCGUGCCCGUUGGACUGAGUCCAGGGCAGAUGGGCGGGGGGAGUUGUUGCACUCGACGGGUUAUCCCUGGCUGGAAAAACAAAUCUAUAGAAACAGGGCUGAGAGCGGGAGGUGACGAAUGCUUGCAUUCGAUGGUUGCACACCUGCUGCGUGCCCUGGGGACCCGGAAAAAGUGGGCGGCUGUGAUUGAUGCCUUGGAAGUAUUGGAUUAUACCCUAGCUUUGGUGUCUUGGUUUACUUUGUUAGAUACCCUCAACGGCGGCUAAGACUAGUAAUUUUAGUUGGCGCCCAGGACUCCCACCAUCUCUUUGGGGGUUCUGGGGGCGGAACAUGUUUGAUAUUUUUGGCAACGAACG